AUGGCUACUUGCUAUUAUACACAGAAAGUUAAUAGCGGAAAUCAAGAUAUUGACAAUUUAAUUAAGGCAACACAUAAUAAUAUGUUUAGAUUUAGAUUAGAAUGGGUCCCAUUCUGUGAUUUUAUGGAUAUAAAACGAAUUGGAAUAGGUGGUUUUAGUGAAGUUUAUACUGCUACAUGGACAAAAGGAAUAGCAAAAGGUUGGAGUAGGAGAAGGAAAGAAUUUUGUCGGAUACAAAAUGCAACAGUUGUAUUAAAGGUUCUUAAAGAUUCCUCAACCAUAAAUUCUGCAUUUUUAAAAGAGCUACAAAUUAUUAUUAAAUGUCAUCCUAAUUCCGACAAUCACAACAAUCGUCUUAUUCAAUGUUAUGGUGUCUCAAAGGAUCCAAUUACAAAUAAUUAUGUAUUUAUUAUGUCUUAUAUGUCUCAUGGAAGUUUAAGUGAAUAUUUAUCCAAUAAUUUUAAAAAUAUUACUUGGCAAAUGAAACUACAGUUUCUUAGAGAUAUUGAAAUUAACGACCUAAAUACAAGCAUAGACUUACCAGAUUCAAAAAAGCACUGUAUUGAAUUUUUAUUGGAUAAUAAAAGUGAAACAAAACGAAGAAAAUUAUUUAAUAAUGGCAUGUAUUGUAUUGAAUCUGACGCAAAUAUAACAGGUUUAUGUACAAGUUCAUAUCAAACAAUUGAACGAGAGAUACCAAAUUCUCGACUGCAUGUCUUAUCAGUGUCUAAAGCUCUUUAUCAGAUCUCUACUCUUGGCCACUUGUAUAAGAGGCAGGAAAAGCUCUAG